UUUUAGUAAUGUCAAAGUAUACACUUCAUGGGAACAUCAUUUCUCAGCCAACCAGAGCUGUCAUAUGGACUUUGAGAACGCUCGGACUUGACUUUGAAUACAAACACACUGAAUUUGUUUCUGGUACUCGAUCUCAAAAAUACACAUCUAAAGUGAACACGUUUGCACAGGUCCCAGCUUUGGUAUUUGGAGAUGAAGUCCUCACUCAGAGCAACACCGUCAUCAGGUAUCUUGCCAAUGAGCAUGACAAAGACUCUGAAUUGUUGCCAAGAGAUGAUUACUUAGACAGAGCCAAAGUCGAAGAACUUUUGGACAUAGCAGCAACCAAUGUAAGGUUCCCUUUACUGAAAGCCAUCGGAGCCAUUGUGGCCGGCCCUUUGUUGUUUGGAACCGACAAAGUAAGCGAAGAAGAGGAACUCAAACUUAUGGGUGAAGUCAACACUGUGCUUGACAAGCUAAACACAAAGCUAGGAGAUAACACAUACUUCACUGGUGAUAAGCUCACAGUUGGAGACGUCCACAUCUUUACUGAGCUUGAAACAACAGUGUUUUUCCUGAAGUUAGAUCUUUCUGGCCAUCCUCAGCUCAAAGCCUGGUACGGAAGAGUCGGAUCAAACGAAAUCUUGGCUGAAAUCGGGAAGGAAAUGGUUGAAACUCUGACAGCCAUCCAGGAGUCUCAAAACUCUGCUUCGUCUUAAGAUCAGGCAAAUAUCGUUCGCUUGGGAUCAGAAAUCUUAGAAAAUUCUGCUCUACUGUACUUAGUUAUUUCAAUCC